AUGUCAACUCCGAAGUCUCCUCUUCCUACCCACAAUUCUCCACCCUCAUCCCCCAACCACUCUCCUCCUCCUCCUCCUUCUCGUCCUCGUCGCCUUCCCCCAUGGAAAGGUGCAAAGCUAAUCCCACUAGCUAUAUCGAUAGCAAUUGGCCUGAUUUUUCGUUUCGCGGUCCCAAAACCCCAUAAAGUCACUACAAACGCGUGGCAACUCUUAGCCAUUUUCCUUGCAACUAUCUCGGGCCUUGUUUUAGGCCCGUUACCAGUAGGUGCAUGGGCUUUUCUUUGUCUCACAGUUACUGUCGUCACAAAAACCUUAACAUUCGCCGCGGCGUUUGCUGCUUUCACUAAUGAAGUCAUUUGGUUAAUUGUUGUAUCAUUUUUUUUCUCAAGAGGAUUUAUUAAAACUGGGCUUGGUGAUAGAAUUGCCUUAUGUUUUGUAAGUUGGCUUGGGAAAAAUACAUUGGGCCUAUCUUAUGGGCUUGCUUUAAGUGAAGCAGCCAUUUCUCCAGCAAUUCCAAGUACUACUGCAAGAGCUGGUGGCAUUUUUUUGCCUAUAAUUAAAUCACUGGCUGUUACAGCUGAUAGUCACCCAAAAAAUGAUUCUUCUAGGAAGCUUGGAGCCUAUCUUAUUCAAUCUCAAUUGCAGUGUUCUAGUAGUUCAAGUGCCCUGUUCCUAACAGCUGCUGCACAAAAUCUGUUGUGUGUGAAAUUAGCUGAGGGAUUAGGUGUACAAGUAUCAAGUAAAUGGCUGACUUGGCUCAAGGCUUCGUGUAUACCAGCAGUUAUAUCACUUCUAGUUACUCCAGUUGUACUAUACAAGAUUUUUCCUCCAGAAAUGAAGGAUACACCAGAUGCUCCAUUAAUGGCUAGAAGGAGACUGCAACAGAUGGGGCCAAUGAAAAGCGAUGAAUGGGUGAUGACGAUUGUGAUGCUUGUAACAGUUGGAUUAUGGAUUGCAGGAGAGGCUAUUGGGCUAGCAAGUGUUAUCACAGCAAUGCUGGGAUUGGUGCUACUUUUGACUUUCGGAAUACUUGAUUGGAAUGAUUGCUUGAGUGAAAAAUCCGCGUGGGAUACCUUAGCCUGGUUCGGGGUUUUAAUAGGCAUGGCAUCACAGUUAACAACUCUGGGAGUUGUCGCCUGGAUGUCAAAUGCUGUGGGUAACUACCUCGAAUCUCUUUCACUACAUUGGUUCGGAUCGUUUUGUAUCCUUCAAGCAGCAUAUUUCUUCAUCCACUACUUGUUUGCUAGUCAAACUGGUCAUGUUGCAGCAUUGUAUUCAGCAUUUCUCGCAAUGUGCUUAGCAGCAAAAGUUCCCGGUCUUUUUGCUGCAUUGGCUUUAGGAUACAACACAAAUCUUUUUGGCGGGUUGACACAUUACAGCAGUGGUCAAGCUGCAGUAUACUAUGGAGCUGGUUAUGUAGAACUACGCGAUGUUUUCAAAUUGGGCAUCAUCAUAGCUAUUAUGAAUAUUGUCAUAUGGGCAGUAGCUGGAGCUGGUUGGUGGAAGGUUCUUGGCCUUUACUAAUACUGAAAUAAGAAUUUUCUGGUGUAAUAACAAUUCAGGACAGGAUGCAUUUGUCCCAAAAAGCUCUAAUUAAAGGUA